UGUGCACUGUAUGUCCUAUUUACUCUUCAGCAAGGAUACGUGGCGUAUGCGGGAAAGCUAUAGCACACGCGGAAACUGCGAAGCGGGUGAACCCGAACGUACCCAAAUCUUUAGGUACAGUCCAACCCUGCGGACGCAAUUCCGUUCAAUUGUAUUUCGGCAGUCCUCAGUGUGCGUGGUGCGCGUCGCUCGCUCUCUUGGCUCUUUUUUUCUAUCGGUCAACCACUACUAUCCCAUACUACACUACACAUCCAUAUACCGCAUCUGAUUGAUUGCGCAAAUAGCGAGUGUAGGACCCUAGAGCAAAAGAGAGAGAGCACAGUCAAAGUGUACUCCCGCAAUACACGCACACAGCAACAGAGCGUUUGUGUUCGGAAGAUCGUUUGCUACAAGAAGCAGUGCGGCGAUUCGCAACAUCACAAUUAUUCACACCGAAAGUGAACCACGCGGGAUAAGUUAUUGAUUUGCGCGGAUUAAAGCACUGACGGUGUGCAAAACCGGCAAUCUGCAGUAAAAGGAAUAUUUUGUUCGCCACAGCAAAAACGACACAUGUCGCUUGGCUAGAGCAUCAGCAUAAUAGCAUAGCAGCAGCAAACACUAACACCAGCAUCGUGCGCGUGUCUCGACAAGUGUGUGCGUGUGUGUGUUCGUGAAGUAAUAGUUACGGUAGCAGUGUGUUGGUGUGCUUCGAAUUGUGCGUGCAGUUAACGCGUGUCGGAAAAGAGCAAGAGCAGUGAAUACGUGUUGUCUCGCUCGUUGGAAGGAAGUGCAUAUUUGAAAUCUAUUUGACAAAACGAGAGAAAAAAAGCGAACAGGCAAGUGAGAAGAUCGUAAGCAUCCGCGUUGUUGUGUUCGUGUUUGUGCUUCUCACUUCUCAGUAUAGAGAGCAGCCAUUUUUUAUCAUCUCUGUUGGGCAUCGAAAGGGGGUGUGCGCGAAGUAUUGUUCUGUCAACUAAACGGGAGGACAAUCCGACGACUCUUUUCUGCCAUCACACGCAUAUUUCGCCACACUCACGGCGCUAGUGUUUUCCGUCGCGCUGUACGUCGACUGGCCGUCGUGCAAGUGAAAAGUGAACCAGACCCCCAGCAUCAGUGUGUUGUGCCGCUACAGUGAACCGAAGGGUGGUUGGUGUUUUGUGUUUCCUGUCGCCGUACAGUAGCGAUCCACAAUAAGAACACGCUUUUCGCUGCAGCACCAUCGCAGUGUCUGCAUCGGCGACACACGAAUACUAACGCGCCUAGGCCAACAAAACCCCUUCUAAGGAGGUAACGUUUUCAGCUAAUCUCGUCUCUGCUUCCCGUUAGCUCCCGUGCGCUUAGCCGCGGGACCAUUUGAAACAGCCUCAAAAUUACGACCGUAAACAUGACGAACAAGGUGCUGGCCGCGGUGCAGGACCUCCAAAAACAGCAACAACAGCAGCAGCAGCAACAGCAGCAACAGCAGCAGAAUGGUGGCAAUGGUGCUGGCGGUGGCGGUGGUGAGGCCGGACAGACGGCUGGUGGGGCCGCCGGUGGUGGCGCCCAAAGCUCGGAUAACAAUUCGCGCACCAACCUGAUCGUCAACUAUCUGCCACAGACGAUGACGGAGGAAGAGAUCCGGUCACUCUUUUCGAGCGUCGGUGAGGUGGAAAGCGUUAAGCUAGUGCGGGACAAGAACGUCAUCUAUCCAGGCCAGCCGAAAGGUCAAAGUUUGGGUUACGGCUUCGUCAACUACCAUAGGCCACAGGAUGCUGAACAGGCAGUGAAUGUGCUGAACGGAUUGCGGUUACAGAACAAGGUAUUGAAGGUGUCGUUCGCACGUCCCAGCUCCGAGGGCAUCAAGGGUGCGAACCUGUACAUCUCCGGACUACCGAAAACGAUCACUCAGGAAGAGCUAGAAACGAUCUUCCGACCGUACGGUGAGAUCAUCACGUCACGCGUCCUCAUCCAGGAAGGCAACGAUAAGCCGAAGGGUGUCGGUUUUAUUCGGUUUGACCAGCGCAAGGAAGCGGAACGUGCCAUCCAGGCAUUAAACGGUACUACACCUAAAGGUCUUACCGAUCCAAUCACGGUUAAAUUCUCGAACACUCCGGGCCAGAAUGCGGCGGCCAAGGUAGUGCAGCCCGCACUGCCUGCCUUCCUGAAUCCGCAGCUGACCCGCCGGCUCGGUGCGAUUCAUCAUCCCAUCAACAAGGGUCUGGCACGGUUUUCGCCGAUGGGUGGUGAGGUCCUCGAUAUGAUGCUGCCCGCUGCGCCCACCAACGGUCUGAACGUGGCUCCAUCCGGUGGAUGGAGCAUAUUCAUCUACAACCUUGCCCCGGAAACGGAAGAAAACACACUGUGGCAGCUGUUCGGACCGUUCGGUGCCGUGCAGAACGUGAAGGUCAUCAAGGAUGCGGCUACGAACCAGUGCAAGGGUUACGGAUUCGUCACGAUGACCAACUACGAAGAGGCGAUGCUGGCCAUCCGUUCGCUCAACGGGUACACGCUGGGACAGCGCGUUCUGCAAGUCAGCUUCAAGACCAACAAAUCAAACGGCGGCCACAUGAGCGAAAACUAAAGAGAGCAUGUGCUGCUCUUUGGCGUUGAAGAACCGAUGCCAAAUCCCUGAACGACCCCCCCUUCUCCACAUUCACAAUAAAAAGAACCAAACAGACAUAAAGGAUGCUGCAGCGCGUGGCCAGCAGAAGAAUGGAAGAUUCGGCGCGCGAAGGAACCCCUAAAGCUAUGCAACAUUAAAGGAGGACAAACUGUCGACGAAUUGCAAGCAAAAGUCGCGAAAACGAUACAAACAAUCCAAACACAGUUAGCGGACAGUAGAGAGAAAGAGAGAGAGAGAGAGAGGGAGAGUGAAGCCUGGAAGGAAAUCGCGAACGCAGGUGUCUACAACAGGUAAACCCAUAAAAUAACAUUUCGUGGAUAUGGUCAAAACCAUACACUUUGGCGACAACUAAUCAGUCUCGCCUUCGUGUAAGUCUCAUACAAUUUAACCGAUCGUGGGAUAUUGAAAGCCGAAGGACAAGAGCGAGCAAGUGUUUGUUACGACGUCGCAAUGAAAGUAGGAAGUGUUUCGGAUCGUCCAAAACUGGCGAACUGGCGAACAGGACCUGAUCUGCACGUUAAAUCACUGAAUCUGUUCUCUUAGGUGACAAACACCCUUAACUACACACCUGAUACCAACAGGCCGUAUUGGAUAAAAAAACAAACAAACAAACGCGGGAGCAGAAGUGCUGAGUGCAAGUAAACGCAAAUCUAGUCAAAAGUCAGAAAUGGAGGGAUGAAGAAACAUGAUAAGAGCACGGCUAAAAUUGGUAACAAUUUAGACAGCAGAAAUAUCACAACAGAGGCAUACGUGUGAAACAUGCAUAUAUGUUUGUGUUUUGCCUAUAUUUUAUAAACUCUAGGUUUUUUUAUAUAUAUAUAAAAUUAUUAUUAGUCUACUGUACACAGGAUAACGUGCAUUUUUCUAAACGUUUGCUACCAAAAAACAGAAAAAAAGAAUUGUGGUAUAGGCAAGCCAGGCAUAAGAGACAGCAGAGCAGAACUGGAAAAGAACAUCACAAAUGAGCUACUUUGCAAUCAAAGCGUUGCAAAAAUAGUGGAAUUUUUUUGCAACCUUCCCUGGCUGCGUUGUGAAUCGAUCCCCGUUUUCAACAGCAGAUAGGAACAUACCUUUCGGUCACUUAGGAAAAAUGCUUUGGAAGGAAAGGAGGCUGUCCUGCAGCAACCGUGGUAAGCAACCGUAACAGUUGUCGAAAUAGUCUAUGCAUUUUAGAUGUAUGCUGCUGAUGAUAUAAGAAUAUAACUAUAUUGCUAUAUAUAUAUAUACAUACAUAUAUUUGCGGUAUGAUGUGGGAGGGAUGCAGGAAUUAGAAGAAUUUUAUUUAUUUGCUUAACUUAUUUAUUGGGAUAAAUUGUAGCAGAAAAGGCAUAGACAAAUGCAAAUGUGUACGAAUCAGAAGCAGUUAGAGAAUUUUAAAGGUAUGCCAUCGGGUACACCGAGCGCAAACAGGCAAAGAGGCAACCUUUUUUUUCUUUUAGGCGAAAAAAUCAGUGCUGAAGUGAAAGGAUGCUUCAACAGUGCGAAAUGAAAUGCGGAAUGACUGGUACGAACAUGAUUUCCAUAUUAAGCUGAACACGUCGUCAACGAGAAGCCUAGAAGAAUAUCCUUUCGGAAAGGAAUCUGAUAAUACCUAAUACAUGGCAUAAUAUGUACAACCAAACAUAUAUCUGCACGCGUGUGCGAUAUGUUAGACACAAACAAUUGUUUUACUAAACGGCAUCUAUGAAUGCAGCACACCAAUCACACCUACACAAACACACAUACGGCUGCAGGCAAAAGUGGUAUGGAAUUGCAUACAGCUGGACACAUUCAAGUCGAUCUCAAACUCUUAGUAUAAUGAUGAUGCAGAUGGCGAGAGCGCGGUAGUCUAUAUGGAAUGGGGGGCUCUUAAAAUAUGCCGACCAAGAAGACGGCUACAUAAAGCAUCAUAAACCUUAAACCACCCUCCCCAAAAGCGUUGUGAGAGCAAAGAAUAUGAACGAAAUAUAAAAUAACAACAACAAAGAAGAACAAGAAAACAAAACAAACGAAAGCUGAACAGAACGUACUUAAGGAAAAGUAUCCCACGAUAAUAGUGAAUUUUCACUAUUCUUCCCACUAUUAGGACGAAACAGCAACAAACUGAUUAGGUGCUAAUGUUGCGAGAGUCAUCUCUGGUCGUCCAAGAAUUUGAUCUCAAAACAAGGAGGCAAGUCUGGAAUGUUCAAAAAAGGGAAGUAUGGAACCUUUACAUUAGUGUCAUACAACAGGAUUGGAAAACAGCCCUAAAGAAGCACUCACUAGUCUUAGUAGAAUGCAAAGCAGGAUAUAGAAGGAAGAAGAGGUAGCGAAAGAGAGAGGGAGAGAGUGAGAUAAUGGGAGAGAGAGUAAUAGAAACUUAGUGUAAUGUAUUUAUACUACUUAUAUAAACUUCUUAACUGCUAGAGCUACUUUAAUGAGACACGCAGUAAGUAAAACCCACCACAUUUGAUGCAACAUUUGAGGCGAAGAAAAAGAAAAGUGUAAGUCAAUGGAAAAAAAUGUAUAAAUUCAACAUGUGACUAAAUGAAUCAAAACGACAAAUCUAGCAAAGCUGACAUUUACAACAAUGCGCUAACACACAUAAAUGAAAUGCAUACGCCAAUUUUGCUCCCCAACACAUAUCUCUCUCUAUCUCUUUCUGUUUCUAUGUUCCUUGUCCAAAUUUUAGGAACGAAUCUCCUUCCUUGGUGUAAUGGUUUUUUACAUUCAAACGAUUCAAAUAACUGAAACACAACGUGCUCCGUUCUGCAGCAAACUCGACAAAGCGCACCAAACUUUUUCUGAUUUUUUCCUACUAGUUUAUUUUUUUAAAUAUUCAAACAACAGUUGCAGUAAAGAGAGCUGAGCUCUUCUGACUACUAGCAAGUGGAACUGUACAACUUGAUUUUUCUAUAAACAAAACAACCAGCCUAUCGAUGGCAACGUGGAAACAAAAUAUCGCACAGUAUUUUUUAAGCAAAGCGUUAAACAAACGAAAAAAAAACAUCCCCUUACCCAAUGUUUGAGUCGCGUUCCGCGCGUAGUAAGGGGAGGGAAAAAUGUUAUUGGUAUAUAAUUAUUAUUCUACAUGCAUAUUAUAUACAUUCUCUCGCUUUUGCAGCGGGUAGAACGACACACAAAACAUGUUAAACCUAAAGUAUAGUCAAACGGCAACUGUCGAGCAGCAAAAGGAAAUGUGGAAACGAAAAGAAAAUACUCUUUCUCUCUUAGGCGAAGCAAAACGGAAGUAAAAGCAACGUACGAAAGACAAACAUAGUUUUGUCGAGUUGUGUUCGAAGCAGUAAGCAGCAUAAAGCAUAAAACUGGUAAGGGCAGCGGAGCAGUGAAAAUCCUUUGAAGUCAUGGUAUUAACCCACGUAGCAUAGCCGUACUGAGAAUAGUGAGCAAAGGCACGAACGAAACAACAACACUAGCGCUGCUGCGCUAGUUUUGAGGAGAGAGCUAUUAAUGUGUAAGGGUAAUUUGUGUUAGAUAUAAAUUAUACAUUGCAAGAGAAAUAGUUGGCAUUUAAACCAAAUUUAAUCAAGCAUACAUUAAACAAAGCAUAUAAAUCAUAACGCGUACAGUGCGAACACGCAAUACAGAUCCACAUUCACACCUACACGGAGAAAGCGAAACAAUCUAUGUGUUGCAGGUUGUUUGAGCUAGCGAAGGGAACUAUGAAAGCAAAUCAUCAAUGUACAUUACACAGACUCUAGCCACUUUUGGGUGGGUUUCUCGAUUUAACCCAUGCGAAAGGACAAUGUUUUAGCUCUCUCUUUCAUUCUUUUUUUUUGUUUAAUGCUUUGUUACACAUUACACAAGUUUCUAAAAAAGAUCAUACCUAUUUGUUUUUAUUGUCAAUUCCUACUCUUCGUUUGUUGUCAUAUUUGGUUUGUUUUGUUGUUUUUCUAAAGACACUGUGGCAAAAGAAAAACCAAAAUUUAACACCAAACACUCCAAAAACAAAUUGCUUGUACGAAGAUCAGUCUUCAACAGAUCAAUCAACACACAGAUAAAAACAAUGGAAGUUUUUCUUCCCUUGCUGUUCUUUGUAAAAGUAAGAUUUUGUCAGUUAAAACCUAAGUUAACUGAAAACUUCAAACAAUUCCAUUAAAGCUGUGAUACGAAGACUGUUUUGUAAGACACAGAAAGGACGGCAUGCAUUUUGGCUAUACGGUUGGGUUCGUUCGUGCAUACUUCACGUCCAUGCGGCACACAAAUUUAGUGUGUUCUAGGUAUUGAUCAUCGGUUUAAUGCGUACAUUUCCUGUUUUGAAUAUCGUUUGCCAUUUCUUUAUCAUAAAAUUUUCGUUCCUAUAAAUUAAAUUCUACUUUCAUUCUCAUCUUUGUAUGCUUUACUUUCGUUUUGUUCAUUGUUUUCGUUUGCGCAUUUUUUACACACGUUAGGCAUGUUUCUACAACACAUCCGGUACUUUUGUUUAGUUUUUCGUUUGUUUUGUUUUUUAGUUCUUAUGAGUUCAUUUCUUUUCUCUUUCGGGACAACUAAAAUAUGCCAUCAUUAUUGGAUGACUAAAACACCCCAGACGAGGAGUUUAGUAGACAGCUCUAAGAGGUAAUCAAAUGAUACGGGCAAAAGGCAACAACAAUUGUACACCAUCGAUACUUAAGAACAGAUAGAAAAGAACAAAUGUCUCGAUCCAGCUUGGAGCCAUACAAUGGUAAUACAUGAGUGAGCAUCCUCAGACAAAAAGAAUGAAAUAAGCACCAGUUACAGAUACCAAAAACAAAACGUGUAAACAAGAAAGGAAAACAUCAAAGGCGUGCAAAAGAAUCUCGCUGUCGGAAAACAGUUUGCAGUGUAAUGCAUUCCGCCCAGGGACGUUUGAAUGUCACGUUAAAUGAGUGCAGCGAUGGUUGUGUUCCUCAAUUGUAUUCGAUUCUAUUAUCAUUUUUAUCAGUUAUACUACUAAAUCUUGAUUAGCACCGUUGCACUGCGUAUCGUAAAAGCGUUUCUCAUAUUAUUCCCCGCUUUAGUUUAUGUUAUAGUACGUAAGAUCCACUUUUUUGUUUGUUUGUUUGGCGUGCAAAGUAAUACCAUAAAUAUGCGUAUUUACGUUUUCGUGAGUUUUUUUUUUUCGUUUGCAAAGCUGGGUAAAAAUGGUCGCAGUUUUAUUAAUUCACUUUCUUCAUAUAUGGGUUUAAUUUUUUUUUUCAUUUUUUUAUAUACAUUUUUUUAAUAUGAUGCCUCAUUUUUUGUGCUAUGGUUUAAGAUUUCUUAGUAAUGAUAGAACGAGUCGCUGGUGACUCACGGGGUGGGAGAAACAAGCAAGAAAUGAUAGAAGAACACAGUGUGCAAUAGAAUGUUCUUUAGUUUCCAUCAUCUACCGCUACUAUUACUGUAAAUCUUACCCACUAAUCUAUCGAUACCAGCUCUAGUAUAAGGUAUAGUGUUUAUUUUCCUUCCUCAUUUGUAAGGCAACGGGUUCCGUGGAACAUUACAGCACCUUUUCUUUAUGAAGGGGAUGUAAAGAAUUCUUUUUCCAGCAAAUAUUUGGAAAAAGUUCUCGUUUGAGGCUUGGAACCGAAAUGGUGGAUGCCUACUCUCCGGGAUAUCGCAUGGAUAAUAAUUUAAUUGGCUUGAUUAUUUGUGUUUUAGGGUUUUAUGUUUUGUGUUAUUUUUUUCUUCACGAUAAUUUCAACUACUUGAAUGUGUGACUAUUUAUAGUAAAGGUUAUUUUCGCCCAAAUAAAUCAAUUUAUAAUUUUGCUCUUCCCUUCAUGGUACAUAUUUUGAAGCUGUUGGCAGGAUUUUUGUUCUAUUAUGAUUUACAAACUCAUACACUGCGACCUGAUCGGAGUCGCCAGUGUCAUAAAAGCAAUAGAGCAAAGCUGAGGCUGACUGAGAGAAACAAAGCAAGCAGCAAGAGGCAUUAAAUCAUCAGAUUUGUAAUGAAAAUUGACGCGUGCAAGAAAACUAGGAGUGUCACAGCUGUAACAGAAAAUUGUAAUCUUCACUUAUUCGAUACACAACCCACAUAACACACUCGGCAAUAUAUGUUUAUUUUUCGGUUUGUGUCUUACAUGCACGGAACAAUUUCAAUUGCAAAUUAAAUAGCCCGAACCCUGGUAAGGAUGAACAAGAGACAAGAUACAGAAAAACAAACAAACACAGUGUAUAAUGAUACAUGUGUGUGUGUGUGUGUAAUGAUACAAAUGUUUGAUUUCGGUACAUUUUUAAGGUUCACUUUUUCAUUUCAAUCGAUGUUCUAUUGUGUACAUAAUUAUGAAUUAUUAUAAAGCAUUGUAAUAGCAACACAGCAGAGAAGAAUUAAACUCAAAACGAUAAAAGCAUAGCAAAAAAAAAAUAACACACUCACAAAAACACACAGACAACCGCAUUACAUAAAAGAAAAUAGAAGACAAAAUAUAAAGUAAAGGAAAAGCAAACAAAAAAAAAACAACAAACACAUUCAUAUAUCAUAGCAAACCAAGCAGUGGAAGAAUCACAAGAUUAUGAAGCAAAAAUUAAGAAGAAGAGAAAGUAAAGAAAAGCAAACAACAGAACAAAAAUAAAAAUCUUAUAAUUUAAGUACGUAUUCGUUUUGAUUUCAUUUCUUAUCAUCAUUGGUUUUGGUUUGUUCGGUCCUGAUUCGGUUUUCUCUCUUGUUUUCGUCUGUUGAGAUAUUUAAAUUAAAACACACCAACAACAAUACAUACACACACAAACACACACACCUAUACACAAUACUUUUAAGCUUUGUUACAAGUUCAGCUAUAACGCCACAUCCAUGUAACGAUUCACUUUUCAUCAAUCAGAAAAAAGGAGCAUGUGCCGCCAUUGGAAAAAGACAUGCACAGAAUCACAAAUUUAGAAAAAAGUACACAUUUCACCAACAAACACACACACACACCAACACAAAUAUAAAAUAGAUAAAAUUAUUCAGGAAACAAUAGACAUACAGAAGUAUACGGAAAGAAGCUACCCGUGUAUAAGGACAUGUAUGGAUGUGGCAAUCCCUAACAUUACAAAGAGACAGAAACACAAACAAACAGACAGACAACUUCACAUCCAAAUUCUAGUGUUUCUGUUUCAUGGUUCUUGGCACCAGUUUUUCGUUUUAGCGAUUGUGAGUGGCACCAUUUUGUGCGCGUGUAUGUGUGCGUGUGUGUUUCUGUCCUUCUGCGUGUGUGCGUGAACGUUUUGAUACUCCAGCGCACCAAUUGCACACUUUGUAGUGCUACUACUAACAACAAUCGCAAGUGCAUCGCAGAAAUGCGCAACCUGCGUGCGUGUGUGAUUGUGUGUAUGUGUGUCUGUCUGUGAGUGAGAAUCCUUUUGUUUUCUUCAUUUGGCCAACAUCAACAACAACAACAACAGCAACAGCAAAUCACGUACGUUUGCUGGUGUGUGUGUAGUUAAUUUCGUCCUUCCGAUCACGCGUUUAUUCGUUCCGUCCACAAUUCGUUUCCUUUCUUCCGUUCUUGAUUUGUCUUCGUUUUAGUUCCGUCGCCAUCUAUUCUGCUGUAGCCCGCUUUGACUAUUGUUUCAUCUGUACUCGUGUUUCAGUUUUGCCCCGCGAACUACAAUCGAACUGCCGAUUUGUGUCUGAGUUGUCCAGCGUCUUAUGUUUUCUUACGUUUACCUUCGGUUUUAUCCAGUUUUGAUGACUGUUCCAUGCGCUAGCACCACACAAAACUUUAGCUAAACAUCUUCAAUGGAAUCAAAACAAGCAAAAAGUCGAAAUCUCCACCCGUUGUGUUUGUUUAGCCACACCUAGCUAUAUAUGCUCCGGUACAGAAGUCAUUCGUUCGUUCGUACGUUCGUUCGUUCCUUCGAUUUGCGCUCUCAUUUCAUUUGGUCUAUUUGGUUCCAUUUGUUGUGUCUGUUUCGGUUGUGUUUGUGGGUAAGUAAGUUUAUUCUUUCCUUACUUUAAUUCCAUUUUAUUCUGCUUUAAAUAUGUAUGACAUUCAUGAUUGUAUGUGUUGUUUUCUAUAUAUAUAUAUAAAUAUAUAAAAAUAUAUUCUUUUUAUUGUAAUUUGUAAAGAAACAAACAAUUAAUAACAGCAACAAACACUAAAACGAACACUAACAAAAAAUAACAAAUAAUAGGAGAGUAAAAAAAAUAUAUAAACACAGAAAAAAUUGCAAAAACGAUACCAACAUGGACAAACAGAAAAAGACAAGAAACACCCACACAACACAGAAAAACUAUUCUUUUCCAAACAAAAUACUGCUUGUUUUUUGAUCGUUGGCAUAAACGUUACGCAUACCAGUUUAGUAGUUACCUCUUGAUUGUUAGUUGUAUUUUAAAGUUUAUAUUUUAGAACAGACAUUUUAUGAUUUUUCUUUUUCCACACCACAUACACAGUCGAAUGGCUAUUCGAACCAAAAAGCAAAGUUCAACAUUAAUGUCAAUUGUGUUUUUGUUACCUACCCUUAUGACUAAACGAUGGUCCUACACAAAUACAUUUUCACUUCCUUUAUUUCAUUUGAAUAGCACUACUACAUUACAAAUGUUGUUGGCAGCAAUCAUCGAUUUGUGUGCUAAAGUAUUUGACAACUUUUUUGUUAGUAUUUUCUUAGCUUGAUAGUUUGUCAUAUUACUGUUUGUUUGUUUUGUUUUUCUUUAAUUAUCAUCCCAACAUAUCCUGUUGCUUAAAGAUUUCACACCGGGACAACGCAUGCAGGCUGAUCCUUUUACUAAUGUUCCCCAACUCACUCAGUGAAACAUUGAUCCCAAAAAUUAAAUUGUGUUUGUAUGCAGCAGCUCUAGUUACAACCUUACACAUCACUGUUUCUUACCAUUUCUUACACUCGGUGUGUGUGCGUGUGCGAGUUAUUCAUUUUAUCAUGUUUACUACCUUUGUUCACCUAUUAGUUUUUAGUUCAUUUCGGAACGAUCCACUCAUUCCUAGUUGAACCAUUUGUGUUCUUUUUUUCGCGCAUUUAUUAUCUGUUAGCUGUGUAUUGUUGUCAUUAUUAUUGUUGAAACUAUUAUAUAUCAAUAUUGUUUCUUUUUUAUUCUGUCUUCUACAAAGCGAAAGCUUAAGUAAGCACCUUCACAUCGUGCCCUACUUGCUUUCUAUUUGCAUCUUCUAUUUGUUUCCUUCACCUAUGAGUACAUUCUUUAAAACUAGCAUUACGUUGUUUUUAAAAUUGCAAUAUUAUUCAUUCGCGCUAUCGGUUUUACCUGUUUCUCUGUUUUCAAAAUCCGAUAAUUUUGUUUCAGUUUAUUUUCAGCCUAUUCAACCGUUCAAAGCGUUUGCAAAAAGGAGUAAGGGAGUACGGUUUUGUACAUAAAAGGUUUAAGAGUGGACAUAAGCAAUGUUUGGUAAAUGGAACAGGCGUACUUUACCCCACAACCAAACUGGCAUUGGUUUAUGAGCGAAUCUGUUUAAAGUUGCACUAAGUAGUAUAAAUAGUGAUACAAAAGAAAAAUGUUUUCCUGCUUCUUAAUAGAUGCAACAGUUGCCAACAGGAGAACAUUGGAGUAAAUUUGUUAAAGCAAAAAAGGUUUUUCAUCACACAGUUUUCCAGUUUUCAAUUACUUUGUACUCCAUACGAUAGCAGCCACUGUUGUCUUUCAUUAUUUUGUUUAAAAAUUAAACCGUUUAUCGGUAUGUUGUUGUAAUGUUUGUAAUAUUAGUACCUCGAAACUCAUUGCUUUGUAUGGAUUGUUUUCAAUCCCUUAGUCUUUGCCCAAUGGCUGUGAAACAACAAAUGUGGUCAACAUUUUAAUAGCGCCCCGUUAGCGAAAAGAUGUUGUUCCCGUUUUUCAGAAACCAAGCCAUCUCCGAGCCAUCGUAAAUUUAGAGAUUUUUUUCCCUUUAAAUCAACAACAUGAAACGUGAAAGUGGCUUCAGUCAAAUGCUCAGCCAAAGCCAGCCAAAUAUAUAUAAAAAAAACAAAGACUGAUUACAAAUGUAUGAUAGCGCCAUAGAUAGCUAAAAGCAAAAGGGAAAUAAUGUGUGCACAAAUGUGCAGAAAGUUAUGAAGAAGAAAAAACACAUAAAUCAUAUCUCACCGAUAGUACAAAAGUACAGACAGAAAUGCGGUCGAAUCGAUAGCUAAACGAUCUGCGAGCGAAGCAUUUUAGACACUGAAAAGCUGUGUCGAUUUAAAAAAAAUGUAACACGAGUUAAAUGGUAGUUAUUUUUAGAGAAACUUAGAUUUACUAGCAUAAUUAACCGCACAACAGACUGUAAAACAAAUGCGCCAAAUCGGCGCACCGUUGCCAUAUCGAAAUGGGCAGCAAAAUAAGGACGAAAUAAAAACGUGUAAAACGAUAUGAACGGACGUGUGGAGAGCCUAUAAGUAUUACACCGCCGCCUGGAAAUGUGAAAUAAAUAUCAAUCAAACAUCAAAAUCACA